GUCCCCUGUACUUGCCUGACUUCUUCUUCUUCUUCUUCAACAUGAGUUCACGGGUUGACCCGGAUUUCUCACUGCACAUAGUUGCCAUACCGUUCCCGGGAAGAGGCCAUGUCAAUCCCUUGAUGAACCUUUGCAAGAUCAUAGCCAUGGCGAGACCCGAAUUUCUCAUCACCUUCGUCGUCACUGAAGAGUGGCUCGGAUUCCUCAGCUCCGAUUAUGAUGAUGAUGCUAAGCCGGCGAACCUUCGGUUUGGCGCCAUACAUAACGUCAUUCCUUCUGAGCUCAUCCGAGCCAAAGUUUACAGUGAUUUCCUGGAAGCCGUGCAUACGAAAAUGGAAGCUCCCAUCGACCUUCUUCUUGACAGUCUUGCGCCGGAGGCAAGCGUUAUUAUCUAUGACCUAUUUUUGAGCUGGGUGGUGGGUAUUGGGAGUCGGAGGAAUAUUCCGGUGGCGUCUUUUUGGACCCAGUCUCCCACGGUGUUCUCCCUUGCGUAUCAUUAUCAACUGCUUCUCCACAACGGGCAUGUUGAUGCCGAUUUGGCCGAGAAAGGAAAUGAAGUGGUGGACUACAUCCCUGGAGUUUCUUCCAUGCUUGUGAAGGAUCUUCCGCAAGUAUUCCAUGGCAAACCUCCAGGUCCAGCUAUGCGUUCGCUUCUUCUUUGGGCUUUCUCUGCUGCACAGAAAGCGCAAUACCUUCUGUUCACUUCUGUUGCAGAAUUGGAAUCCACCGCCAUUGAAGCUCUCAGGGCUAAACUUCAAACACCUAUUUAUUCCAUCGGCUCUGCAAUACCAUACUUCAAUACUAACUAUACUGACCAAAGCUGCGGCCCAGAUUACCUGACCUGGCUCGAUGCUCAACCCGCGUGUUCUGUGUUGUAUAUUUCUCAGGGAAGCUUUCUCUCUCUUUCAGCUGAGCAGUUGGAAGAGAUCGUAGCCGGCGUCUAUGAAAGCGGAGUUCGUUUCUUCUGGGUGGCGCGUGAAAGCACGGAGCAGCUGAGGGAGAGAGGCGGUGGCAAGCAGGGGUUAAUAGUGCCGUGGUGUGAUCAACUGAGGGUGUUGCGCCACCGCUCUGUGGGCGGGUUUUGGACGCAUUGCGGGUGGAAUUCCAUCAAAGAAGGGGCGUUCGCCGGCGUUCCUUUUCUUGCUUUUCCGAUAUUUCAUGAUCAGCUUACAAACAGCAAGCAGAUUGUGGAAGAUUGGAAGAUUGGGUGGAGUGUGAGGAAGAUUAAUAAUAGUGAUGGUGGUAUAGUGAAAAGAGGAGAGAUUGCGCAACUUGUGAGGAGAUUUAUGGAUUGUGAGUGCGAUAAUGAAAGUAAAGAAUUGAGGAGAAGAGCAAAGCUGGUUGGAGAGAUGUGCAGAGAGUCGACAGAAAGCGGAUUGGCUAAGCGCGAUCUUCAAACAUUCAUUGAGGAUGUUUUAAGAAACCGCAAUUCCUAAGAAGGGGGUUCUCUUAAAUGAGAGGUACACGUUUAAAUUUUUGUGGGGAUAUUGACUUUUUAUAUGGAUAUAUAUUACGGAAUACAUUGUAAAAGAUCAAUAAUAUUCAAAAAUAAGAUUUCUUGUGCUUUUGAUUUAUAGAAGUUUACAUUUGCUA